AACACUCGACCCAGACAAUGCCCUCGUGGAAAGAUAUAGCGAAUAUGGCGUCUGAGUUUCUAUCGUUCAAGGUUCCAUCUCGCUCUCUUCGCUGUCUGCGUGCAUCCUCUUGGUCGCCAUGGUCGAUCCAACCUACCCUCUGUUCCCCAUCUUCGCUGUUCUUGGCUUCGCCCUUGUGCUUGUCCCCCUUCCAUGGCAUUGGGAGGCAUGGAACUCAGCUACUUGUUACUACAUGCUCUGGACGUCGCUGUCUUGUUUCAAUCAAUUCAUAAACUCAGUUGUAUGGGCGAAGGACGCCAUUGAUCAUGCGCCAGCGUGGUGCGAGAUUUCUACUCGAAUUACCAUUGCUGCUUCUGUUGGCAUUCCUGCUGCUGCCAUGUGCAUCAAUCAGCGACUAUAUAGCAUCGCACGAGCGCAAGCGGUCAUGAUUACGAAAGCUGAGAAAGGCCGUGCUGUCAUUGUCGAUACUCUGAUAUGUGUGCUGUUUCCUGUCAUCAUUGCUGCUCUCUCAUAUAUCGUGCAAGGACACCGAUACAACGUACUCGAACAACUCGGUUGUUUUCCAGCGCUCUACAACACAUCAUUGACGUAUUUCCUCGUUGAUUGGUGGCCUCUCCUACUAGGAGUCAUCGCUUCUGUAUAUUGCGUCCUCUCCCUUUUAGCAUUCAACAAACGCCGCGCUCAGUUCAAUGAAUUCCUCUCGUCCAAGAAAUCGUCUCUGACUCUCAGUCGCUAUUUCCGUCUCAUGGCCCUCUCGACAACUUCUCUCUUGCUUUUGAUCCCUAUAUCAAGUUACGGUAUCUACCUGAAUACCACGACAUCGCCGCUUGGCAAGUGGAUUAGCUGGUCGGACACCCACUUCGACUUCGGACGAAUCGAGCAGAUCCCUGCUAUCGUUUGGCGUGCAAGCUCCACAUCCGUGAUCGCACACGAGCUGAACAGAUGGCUGUCUCCUGCAUGCGCACUUAUUUUCUUCGUUUAUUUCGGUAUCGCGAGCGAGGCAAGGAGGCAUUAUCGCACUGCUUUCUGGUUUGUCGUCGACAGGGUCGGUCGCAAGAUCUCGUUAAAGAGCGAGAAGACCGGUCUUCAGUCUCUUGGCAAAUACCCCUCACCAACCAAGUUCGCUUCGCAGUCUGAGUCUCUCCCUGCUUACGACUACCCGAGGCCAUCUUAUACGCACCCGACAUCAUCGUUUACGACCUCGUUCCCCUCCUUCGCAGAUGAAAAGCCUUUCAGCACCUACCAAGGUCUCGCAAGCAUGCCUUCCCUCAUUCCUGCGUCCGGCUCGACGACGCCGAUCUACGAUCACUUCGCACGCGGUGGCGCAGACGGGACGAUCGAAGUCGUCCCCCCUCUUCCCCCAUUUCCCAACUCUCCACCCCAUUCUCCGAACGAGCCCUCGGCCGCGCUAUCCCCCACGGACUCGAUGUUCAGCCACGACUCGGAGCAGUCGGCCGUGUCGCUGUCGUUCACGGACAUCGAAGCGGCGUACGGUGCGCGCGUCCUGUCGUUUGUCUCGUUGGAGAUCGAGCAGUCUUCGGAGCCCCCUACGCCGUUGAAUCUUCAUCACGUCACGUCAUGA